UGACCAAAUGGCUUAAUUGAACGACAUUAUUGGCUCUGUGCUUAGCAACCAGCGACUUGUCUUGUCGCCACUUUUAGGGGAAGCCUCCUAGUCGUAAUCUAGAUAGUCAAACCAUCACUAAGAAAAGGAGCACGCUAACGGCUGGUGUUUUUAAAUCAAAUGCAGGGGAAGAUGUUAGCAGAGAAGUCGAACAAGGAACAGGUCUUGGCUCGGCUCAAGAAGGACGUCCGCUCUUUGCUCAUGUCAUCCAAAGACGGCUUGGACACCAACCAGCUGACGCGCGACUAUGGCAACAUGCUGGGAUAUCCCAUGCCGCUGCAAUUCCUGGGCUUCAGCAAUGUUAUGGACAUGGCCGCGGCAAUGCCGGACGUGCUGUCAGUGACGCGUGGUGUCAAUGGCUGUCCGGUCUUGAAAGCUGUGAGUGACAAGUCCACCGUGCAUAUUGAGCAGUUGGUGGCUAAUCAGCGGAGGCCAAAGAAAAAGAGCACUGGCGAUUUCCACCAAUAUCAACCAGCACCCAUCCUUCCACGUCGAACAUUUUUUCUCUCACUCGAGACUUUCAGAGCGCAGCUGCAAAUCCUCCUCUGUCAGGGACCCCUCAAGUUGUGUGACUUGAAUUCCUGCUACGUGCGGUGCUUUGGCCACAAGCUGAUCCCCAACAACUUUGGUUUCAACACCCUCAGAGAGAUGUUAGAGGCUGUGGCAGAUCUGAUCUUCAUCCAGCCCACCAACAUGGGCUUCAUCGUCACCCUGAGAAACAAUGUGCUGUCUAUGCAUCCCGCUGGGUUGUUCUAUUCAACCAAUGGCGUCAAAAAGAUGUCUCCGAGAACUUCACAGAGGUGCAGAAUUCCGCCGCAAGGAAAACCAUCAGAGCCACCAAACUGUCUACCCACGGCGGCGCGGAAAAAGGACCAAGACGUGGAAGCAGAUGUCGAUCAGAAACUGCUGCUGGAGUGGCCUUCAGGCAAGGCUGUGCAUCUGAUUGAGAAUAGCCACUUACCCGUACAACCACUAGAGGGCGACAAAGACCCUACCGUUGUUGUGGAUUUGGACAGCCCUGGGCAAGUCGAUUCAAGCCAAGUGGGUAGUAUUGGCCACUGCGUUACGAACGCACACAAGAAGAACUUAUCACCUCAGGAAGGAAAAAUCAUGACGGAAGACGAUCACCGUUCGACGGAGGCCCAAGGCGAUGGGACCAGUGAGGAGAGCGCUGAGGAAAGCCCACCCACGAAGGUUUGUAGCGAAUUUGCCCUGGACGUCCUACUUAACGAGCGUCUCAAGCGGCCAACGCAACGGCCCGCUCGCGAGAUCACGGCUGUCCAGGUGGAGCAUGUCGAGUCUCCGGGACAUUUCUACAUCAGCUUCUUCGAGAGCGACGAGUCAAGCGCGUUGCUGGACAUGAUGUUCGAGAUGCGGCGAUUUUACACCUGUCCAGAGGUGUCCGAGAGCUACCAACUCCCGCGGAGAUUUGUCCGACGAGGCCAAGCCUGUUGCGUGGCAGCGGCGGGACUUUGGUUCUACCGAGUGGUGAUACAGCGAGUCGUCAGCGCCUCUCAAGUGGAGGUGUACUUUGUGGAUUACGGCAACACCACCACGCUGCCCUCUGCCAACCUGAAGUUCCUCAAGACGUGUUUCUCCAUUCUCCCGGCGCAGGCUGUCCCCUCAUCAUUGGCUGGAAUUAAACCAAGGACUGGUGCGUGGACUCCAGAGGCCACCGCUUCCUUCCAGAGCCUUUGCUCUAAUCACGUCCUCGUGGGUGCCCUCAAGUGUUACAUCGGAGACGUGCUGCAGCUCUACCUUUGCGACACGCACACUAGCGACGACGUCUACAUCCACGCCGUCCUGCUAAACCAGGGCCACGCCGUGGCCUGCUGGCCCUCGGACAGUGUUGGGCCGUGUGUGAAGUACAGUCCAGUCACUUUGUACCUGGGUGAUGGCAAAAUCGACCUGCAUGAAGUAGAGGAGAUGACAUUGGAUGAACUUAAAGGCGCCACCAUCACAGAGAAGGUAUUCGGGUUGCUCUGCUCUUCAGGUGAAGGUUUGACAGCUGGUUUCCUGCAGCCAGAUAAUUGAGCCGCUUCCUAUUCGUUUGUUGAGCUAUUUUGGUUCUUAACAACACUGCUGUAAAAAGGGUUGCUUUAUUUGUUUUUACAUAUUUUUAAAUUUAAGGCAUUGUUUUCUUUGGAAUGUUCGUAUUGUGAUAUUAAAAGAAGAUCAUGUAUACGUUCCCUGUCAGCAUUUUUGUUUGUGAAGAUGAAACUGUAUAUGUAUGGUUUGAUCACCAUAAUAGAAUACCAAAAGACCCUA